AUGGAAGAUGACUUGCAGAUUCUCGGCGCCUUAGACUCUCGUUUCACCAGGCACUCGCUCCAGUAUAGCCCCAAACGACUCUACCGAUACAGCCCUAUCGCACGCAUCUUCCGUGAAGCUUCAGAUGGGCCACCCGCCUACGACUUUUGGUGUGGUAGCCCACGUCAGUGGGCGGCCCAUGUUACCUGGAAGCACGUUAUGGCUACUUCAGGAACCCGAACAAUAAAGCGCACACAAUUUCUACCCCAAGGGGAAAUUGCACCAAACGCCUUGCCCCACAAGGCAGAAAACCAGGACAACCAGUCGGACAGCCCGCAGUCAGGGGGUGAUGUGCAGGGAUCUACCCGUCCAGCGCGUGCGCAAAACAUAAUUUUGAAGCCUCUGAGUAUAUCCGAAUGA